ACCAUCCAGGUCGUUAGCAGAAAUAAUGGUGAGCUGUGCUAAUAUUUCUGACUCCUCGUAUCUGUGGCUCCAAAGCAGAAGAACCUCGCCCUGUUCCUCCCCUUGACCUGCAGCGCAGUACCGGGUGCAAGGGAGAGGAGGAGCUGGGAUCGGACUCUGCUCCCGAGGCCAGGCUGGGUCUGUUCCGGGGCACAGGCUGUCCAUCCUUCUGUACAGGAAAAAGAGAAAAUGUUUGCAGCCUAUUUUGAUUGCCCAGGAGGCCCAGAAAAUCUUUGCAUGAAAGAAGUGAUGAAACCAGACCCAGGAGAAGGAGAAGUUCUUGUGAAGGUCUCUGCCAGUGCUCUGAAUAGGGCGGAUUUACUCCAGAGGAGAGGGAAGUACCCUCCCCCCAAAGGAGCAAGUGAUAUUUUAGGGCUGGAAGCAGCGGGGAGCGUGGCCGGGCUGGGUCCCGGCUGCUCGGGCCGCUGGAAGAUCGGCGAUGCAGUGAUGGCUCUGCUCUCCGGGGGAGGCCAGGCACAAUUCGUGACAGUGCCCGAAGGCCUCCUGAUGCCGAUUCCCAAAGAUAUGACUUCUAUUCUUCGGAUGUAUUUUUCUUGA